CAUUUCUCAGAGAGCAUCUGACCCGUCGGCUGUUCAGUCAUAUGACGUCCCAGAGCCUGCGCGCGCAGCCUGCGCAGCCACAGCUCCGGGGUCGGGAUCAGGUCUGGAUGGAUCUGAGAGUCGCUCCUGUGUUUGUGUGGAUCCUCGGGGUCUCCGCGGCCCUCCGGUCCUCUCAGUCCUCUCAGUCCUACAUCCUGAACGACAGAGACGGACUGGGCAGAGUCUUUGACGGGAUCGGAGGUCUGAGCGGAGGAGGGGCUACAAGCCGUCUUCUGGUGAACUACGCAGAGCCGUACCGCAGUCAGGUGUUGGACUACCUGUUCAAGCCAAACUUUGGAGCCUCUCUGCACAUACUGAAGGUGGAGAUCGGAGGAGACGCUCAGACUACAGAUGGAACCGAGCCGUCACACAUGCACUAUGAAAACGACGAGAACUACUUCAGAGGCUACGAGUGGUGGCUGAUGAAGGAGGCCAAGAAGAGGAACCCUAAUAUCACCCUCAUAGGUCUGCCCUGGGCGUUUCCUGGUUGGGUGGGUCACGGUAAAAACUGGCCGUAUGAUUACCCAGACAUCACUGCAGCGUACGUGGUGAACUGGAUCCUGGGAGCCAAACAGUACCACGACCUGGACAUCCAGUAUGUGGGGGUCUGGAAUGAGCGAAACUACGACAGCAAGUACAUCAAGCUGCUGCGGUACACUCUGGAUAAGAGCGGUCUGGAGGGGGUCAGGAUCAUAGCCAGUGACAACCUGUGGGAGCCCAUUUCUCUGACUCUGCUGCUAGACCCUGAACUCAGCGCGGCUGUAGACGUGAUAGGGGCUCACUACCCGGGCACCACCACCGUGUUGGACGCCCUGAAGACGCAGAAGAAGCUGUGGUCGUCUGAGGACUACAGCACCUUCAACAACGAGGUGGGGGGAGGCUGCUGGGCCCGGAUCCUGAACCAGAACUACGUCAACGGACUCAUGACGUCAACCAUCUCCUGGAACCUGGUGGCGAGUUACUACGAGGACCUCCCGUUCGGCAGAGACGGGCUGAUGACGGCCGAGGAGCCGUGGAGCGGGAACUAUGUGGUGGAGUCUCCGAUCUGGAUCACAGCUCACACCACUCAGUUCACGCAGCCCGGGUGGACGUACCUGAAGACGGUGGGACACCUGGAGCGAGGCGGGAGCUACGUCGCUCUGACCGACGGGAGAGGAAACCUCACUGUCGUCAUAGAAACCAUGACUCACGAUCACUCGGUGUGCGUCAGACCUCCUCUCCUGCCCUUCAACGUGACGGCCCAGAAUGCAACAUUCCAUCUGAAAGGGUCCUUUGCCGACAUCCAGCAGGUCCAGGUGUGGCGGUCUCAGUUUAACUUCAAAACCAAGAAGCCGUCCUUCUUUGAGCGUCUGAGUGCUCUGAAGCUCACAGACGGAUCCUUCACUCUGAACCUGGACCAAGACCAGGUCUACACCGUGACCACGCUGAAGACAGGACAAAAGGGCGUGUACCCCGCCCCCCCUCCCUCUGCUCCUUUCCCUAAAGUCUACAAGGACGACUUCAACGUUCGGAACCCGGCUUUCUCUGAGGCUCCGUACUUUGCGGAUCAGACGGGCGUGUUUGAGUACUUCAUGAACCUGACCGAUCCCGGACCUCACGUCUUCACCUUCCGACAGGUUCUGACCCAGAGACCGGUCACCUGGGCCGCAGACGCCGACCAGACCGUGACCGUGAUCGGUGACCAUCAGUGGCAGAACAUGACGGUGUCCUGCGACGUCUUCAUGGAGACGGUGAAGACCGGAGGAGUGUUUGUGGCCGUUCGGGUGGACAAAGGAGGACAGUCCAUCCGCAGCGCUAAAGGAGUCUUCUUCUGGGUGUUUGCAGACGGCACGUACAAAGUCACCAACGACCUCGCUGGACAGACGGUCCUGGCAGAGGGACAGUCUGGUACUCGAGCGUUGGGCUGGCACACUCUCACGCUCUCUGUGGAGGGUCAGCUAGCAUCCGGUCUCCUGAACGGGUACCCGCUCUGGAAGAACGCCGUGGUCCUGACUCCUCACAGCGGCUGGGCGGCGAUAGGAACGCGCUCCUUUGAGCUGGCUCAGUUUGAUAACUUCAGCGUGGUGGCGCAGUGAGGACGGGACGGGGAAAUGUUCGCCCUGCUGUGUGUGUGUGUGUGUGAGAUUAAUUUAUUGACCUGAUGGAAGCUUUGGGGUUAAUGAUGUGCCAAUGAUGGGGUGAUUGAUUUCUCUUGUUGGAGGUUUGAAGGCGAUUAACUUGAAUGAAGGGGACAUAAGGGGAACACUGAACACACUGCUGCCUUGAUGACUGACGUGAUUGUAAAUUUAUUUUAUAUGGAAUAAAACGAUUUUUUAAUAA